UGGGCCGGCCCGGCCCGAACAGUUCUCCUGCUCGGCGCUGUGCCCGCGUCUUCUUCGCCCCCAAAUCCCCGCCCCGUCUCAUCGCCGUCGACGGAGACGAGGGUUUAGGCGCCUCCACCACGCGCCGGCGUCUCCCCCCCGCUGGAGCCUCUCCUCCCUCGCGCAGCCGGCCGAACCCGCGGCGUUCGGGCGAUCCAUGGAGCCUGCGGAUGCCACGAGGAAGACGGCCCGCCCGCGCCGCCGCCGCCCUGACCGGCUGAGCGCCCUGCCGGACUGCCUCCUCCACGUCAUCAUGUCCUCCCUCAAGGCCCGGCAGGUGGUGCAGACGUGCGUGCUGUCCAGGCGCUGGAGGAACCUCUGGCGCACGGUGCCGUGCCUCGACGUCGACAUCGACGAGUUCAGGGCCAACAGGAGGGCGCCUGGCUCGGGCGGCGGCAUCCCUAAGUACAGCAACCACGGCUCGAGCUCUGACAACAGCAGCUCUAGCUCGGAGAGCGACGGCAGCUCUGUCUACGACCUUGGCUUUGACUCCUCCUCGGAUGACGACGACGACAGCAACGACAAGGGUUAUGAGAGAUUCGAGGAUUUCACGGCGAACCUGAUGAGUCGUUGUAACAUUGCACAGCUGGAUUCCUUCAGGCUGCAGAUUGGCAGUCACCGGGCACCGGCACCUCAGUUUUAUCAUAUACAAGCAGGAGGAUGGCUCCGCCGCGCGAUGAAAUACUGCAGCCCGGAUCCUUCCAGUCCGCGCAAGGGAUUGAGCCCCAGUCCGUGGCUCCUCAAAAGGCUGCAUCUCUGCCAUGUGCUUUUGGAAGAUCGUUUCAUGAAGCAUGUUAGUUCAGUGUGCCGCAAUUUGGAGGAUUUGGAGCUGCACGAUUGCAAUUGUCAUAUCCGGUCAGUCACCUCCGACUCGCUGAAGACCCUGGUUCUGAAAAAUUGCAUAUGGCGCAAGCUUUCUGACAUUGCAUUGCCCACACUGAAGACAUUGGUUAUUGAUGGUGGCCAGAACAUUUCUGACGUUGUGCUGGUUAUCUUGACCCCUGCUCUCGCUUCUCUGCACCUGGAUGUCAGUGUUGACCACUUCAGUGUUGAUAUUUCAACAAAUCAGAUGCCAUCCCUUGUCAAGGCUUCAAUUCAUCUGCAAAGUCAUACAUAUAGUGCACCCGAAAGUAGUAAACUUGAUGGCGAUCAAUUCAAGCUUCUUUGUGGUAUCUCUAACGUGACAAGUUUAGAGUUGUCUGGUGUUAGUGAGACGGUGCGUGGUGAGAAACCAACAUUCCAAGAAUUCAUGAACCUGAGGAACUUAUUGCUGGACGAGUGUGAUCUCCGUAACGACUUCCGCACAUUAGGAUUCUUUCUGCAGAGUUCACCUAAUCUAGAGAAGCUCACUCUGCGGAACUGCAAGUUCCCGACUUACCCUAAGAAAAAGAAAGGAGAGCCCAACGAGACCUCAUCUUCUGAGUUCCGUGGCCUGGAUUUCAUGUGUGCGAACCUCAAGGUUGAAAUCAUAUGUUCCCAUGGUGAUGCCCGCAAACUCGUCAACGUUCUGCUGCACGCUUCAGGGAAUCUGUCGGAGAAGAACAUUAAAUUCACCAAAGUUAAUUAGGUUAUUGUUGGUCCAGGGCUCCAGGCAUUCUUUGUGGUUCAUGUGGAUUAUGCAGCCAUCUUAUAGGCUCCCUUCAGAUUCCUCAAAUCGCAGCCAUAUACUUUUGACUCAUUUCUAGGUGAUGCAGGCCUUUGCUCUAGUGACUACGUAUGCUAUUGGUUUUUACUCUGUUUCUUUGCUUUAAGGAUAAUGCUUGCCUCUGGACAUGUUUGCUAUCUGUGUUCCUUUUUUCCCC